AUGAGUGGGUUGGUAGCAACACUGCAGAAUGACCUGGUUGCUCUUUCCAACGAGGCCAAGCGAAAGAAUCCAGAAAUCAAAGAGGCUGCAGAGAGGUUGUUGUAUCUUCUUCGUUCGCUCAAAGAUCGACAGGCAGCUUUACCUCCAGGUGCUCCGGAUACAUUAACAGCAGAUCUAGCAAACACUGAUGAUACAGUCAAGCCAUUCAUCAUGUCGUGCGAUACUAAAAAUCCAAAACUCAUUCCGAUUGCCAUCAGUUGUCUUCAAAAACUGAUUUCACAUCAUGCGGUGCCGGAAUCCUCAACCUCGCUGAUUUUAAAAACACUUUCGGAUCAGGUUGGCAGCACCAUGGAGCUUCAACUCAAGAUUCUACAGACUAUAUUGCCUUUAAUUACGAAUUAUCACUCGGUCCAUGGAGAAGUUUUAGCAGAUGCCUUGUUGCUUUGCUAUAGACUUCAAGAUACAAAAACUCCCGUUGUCAAUAGCACGGCUGCUGCUACGUUUCGUCAGUUGGUGAUUUAUGCUUUUGAAAAGCUGAGUAUAGAAGAUUUUAAAAUCAAUUCACCUGAACCACGUCCUCUAUCUUCCACCGCACACAACGCCAAAACACCCACGGAACGUCUAUCAAACGAUAUGACCAGCACGCCUUUGACAUCAAACGCACCAAAAACUGAGCUGUCUUCAGAGUAUGCACAGUAUGUCACUGAUGCAUUUAUGAUCUUUCAAGAUCUGUGUCUUUUAGCAUCUGGUGAACAAGGCACGUUUCUGCGAGUUCAUACCAUGUCCAAGGGGUUUUGUCUAGAACUGGUUGAAUCUAUUCUUAGUGGAAAUCACGAAAUUUUCACUAUACAUCCACAGCUACUAUCCCUUUUAAAAGAUAAAAUAUGUCCAUUGGUUAUCAAGGCAUUUUCAGAAAAAAAUGAUUUUUCCAUGACAGUGCGUCUCAUGCGCGUACUACAGGUUAUCAUCAAGAAUUUUCACCUCGUGCUGGUCAUGGAGUGCGAAAUUUUCAUGUCACUAUAUGCUAAAUUACUAGAAUCCGAAACCAUAGCAGUAUGGCAGCGAGUAUUGGUUUUGGAGGCAGUUCAUAAUCUAUUUAGUGAUGCCACUUUGCAACGAUCUAUUUUUGAAAUGUAUGAUGCCAAGGAGCAUUCGACUCGCAUUUUUUUUGAUACAACUAUGGCAAUUGCAAAAUUUAUUUUUGCAGAGCGCGCAUAUCUUGUUGGCGCACCUAAUGGAAGCGAUGGGCCAAAAGGAGAUCUUGCUAUAACCCCUAUAAUUGAUUUAUACUCUGUUUCGAUGGCGUCUGCUAGUCUUAAAAUUCAGUGUUUGGAUCAAUUUGACAAGACUGAACCGCCUUUGUUUCCAGAAACAUAUCCCCUAUUCGUAGCAAUGCAAUGCAUUCUUAGCACCGUGGAUAAUGUAACAGGUUUUGUACUUCCUGUACUAGGUGCUGAAUCAGUUGAUCUUCCAGAACUUGGUUCGAUGGAGUAUCUGGGUGGGUCGAUUUCAGAAGUAGCUUCUCUUGCUCCGGUUGAUGCAAAUGCACUAUGUUUAGAUGGAAAUGAUCGAAAGUCGUAUUCUACAUCCAAGAAUGAUCAAAUUUUAUUGUCAAUUGAACUCGUCAAGGCAUCAAGCCCAAGUUUAUUGGCCAUUUUAACACUUUUGUCUACCUCUUCCAUUGACGAUGAUCUAUUUUCAUGGGUUCUACAGUCAUUUCAAAACUACACCGUAGUCGUUGGAUUGCUUGGACUGACUUCUCAUUGUGAUGCGUUUUUGAGUGCCAUGUGCAAAGUGUGCAUUCCAUCCUCUUCUAGUGUCAGUUUUGAUUUUGCUACUAUUGCCAAUGAUGUAACGCCAUUCAAUCUUGUCUUGCUGCAUGGUUCUUCGCGCAGCACUGGUCCAGUACUUCUCACUGACCGCAAUGUAACGUGUUUGCGCGUCUUGUUGGGUGUAGCCGAGUCUAUUGCGCCAGUUAUGAACAGUCGUACCUGGCUAAUUGUAUUUGAAACUUUGCAAAUAGCCGAUGGACUCAUGUCAUCAGGAAAGAUGGGCAAGCGAAUGGAAUCCAGUCCUGGGUUUUUGGAACUCACGUCUUCUGUGAGCACUAGCACUGCCAAAGAUUCUCCAAGACAUAGAUCUACCACGUUUUCGAAUCUUUUGCAUUCUGGAAGCCCUUUUUCUCCUACAGGUCUUUCUGGAGGACACGGUGUACCUGGAAACACGCCAGCAGUUACCAAUGUGCCCAGUCAAUCUGUAACGGUAGAAAACAACUUUGCUACAUUUUCAGCGUUUGUCAAGCGCGUAUUUGAACGAACAGUGAGCAUGGAGCUUAAACAUUUACAAGAGUUUAUCCGUGCUUUAUGUCGUCUCUCGCACGAUACAAUGACUGGGGUCAUUGCAGCACCAUUGGGUGGUCCUGCACUUGGUCGAGAGGGGGGAAAGACAGUCGAUGAUAAAUUGUUUGCUGUGACAAAACUUCAUGACGUAGCCAUUGUCAAUGUGCGUCGCUUGAUUACUGAAUCAGAUUUUGAUGUGUGGGAUCUAUUGAUUAGUCAAUUGAUUCAAAUGGCACAUACACAAAGCUGCUCUUCUGCAAUGCGAGCCCAUAUAUGUCAUACGUUUGGUGAGAUUAUCAUUGCUGCUAUGCAAAUGGCAGAUUUGUCCAACCCUGUUGUGGAAAUGAAACUGCUGGAACCUAUUCGAAAAAUGAUGGCUGCAGAAAUGGCUUUAUCUGAUCCACAAACCAAAGAUGGCGUACUGACAGAGGAUCGAGUAGAGAGACUUUUAAAAUUGUCAUGGCUUGUAGAAGUGCAAAAAAGUGUAUUGGAAACACUAGAGAAACUACUGCAAAUUGGUGGGCAGAAUUUACUUGAUGGCUGGAUGCUUGUAUUUGACGUUUUGCAAAACGUGGUGCGACUUUCCAAAGUACGUCGCGCUCUACGUCCAGGUGGACCUGGAGUCAUUUCAAAUGCAGAGACUCCAGCAAAACUAAACGAAUUAGGUCCAUCAUCACAGCAACAAUCUAGCUCUGAGACUGUGCAAUUUGGCACUGGAUUUGGUGAUACUCCUAUGCCAUCCCGAUCAUCUGCUAUUGUGCGAAUUGGAUUUCCGUGUAUUCAGUUGAUUUGUACCGAUUUUUUGGCGCUACUGAAACCAGCCAUGCUGUUGCGCUGUAUUGAAACAGUGACAACCUUUGGAUCACUCUCAGAUGACUUGAAUAUCAGUCUGGCUUCUGUUGGUCUACUUUGGACUAUAUGCGAUUUUAUUUUAACCAAACGGCAGGAACUUGAGCGCUUGGCUGUCUUGGAAUGUAAAGAAAAGAGUGCAUCUACGCUAGAGCUUGUAAAAGAAAAUACUGCUGUGAAUUUACUGUCUGCUUCUGAUAGUGAACUUGGUAUGAUUGCAGAUAAUCCAGCAGUUACAAAAGACACAGUUGCACCUGAAAGUAUUGCAUCAGAUAAAUUAGAUUUGCACAUGCUUUCUGGAAAGCUUACAACAAAGACGUUGGAUACGUUAUGGAUGUAUUUACUUGAAAAUCUGUCUGAGCUUUGUUCAGAUGAGUGUCUAGAAGUACGCAACUCUGCCAACCAAACACUAUUUAGGACACUGGCAAUGAACGGUCAACGUCUUACAUUAAUUGCGUGGGACCAAUGUGUAUGGCAAAUUCUGUUUCCACUUUUAGAGCGAAUUCAAAUGUCAAGCACCAGUUGCGAUAUGGCUCUAGGCGGAAAUCUGCUAUCAGCUGGAUUGAUGACAUCAACCACUAUGAGUAAUAUUGAUCUUAAACGCGCUAUUUCUUCCACUCCCAUUGCAUCGGCACAAAAUACACAUACAGCUAUUGGGUCAAGUGUGGAUCCAUCUAGAGUCACCUCUCCACAAAUAGCGCCACGAACGCCAAUACAAAAGCCUAAUUCCAAUCCAAAAUCGUGGGAUGCAACCAAAGUUUUAACGUUGAAUGGGGUCACAAAAUGUUUUCUCGACUUUCUUCACGUUCUUGUUAAUCUUGGUGAAAGUUUUGACAAGGCGUGGAUUCAUAUACUUGAAUACAUCACCACCACUUGUCUACAAGGAUCACCUGAAGUGUCAAUGGCUGCUUUGAAAAAUCUACGACUUAUUAUUCAGUACGCUCGCCAAGGAGCAACAAAGCCUAUUCCAGAGAAUGUCGUUCCAAGAGUGAUGGAUAUGUGGCUCAAAGUAUGGCAAAACUGGGUUGAUAUUGGAAUGGGUAUUAUUGAAAGUGCCGAUCACAUAACAGCAGAUAUUCCUACUGGCAAUUUACCUAGUAAUUUCGUAAGCCAGGAAUAUUUACAAUCAGUCGAUGCACCUUGUUCAGCGACAUCGACUUUAUCGCUAGCCCAGGUUAAUAUUGCAUGCAAAAACAAUUUGAUUAUCAACUGGAGCGACGGAUCUACUGCUUAUCUUCUCAAUGGAUAUUUUACACAGGAAACACUGACUACAUACAUGUCAAUUUUUGUCGACCUUUAUGAGAUUAUUAAGCCAGAGUUUACUUUGAACCACCUUUGUCAGUUUUCACUUAUUUCUCGCAAGCUGUUGAUAUACCACUCAAUUCCCAUUUUGGGAACAUCUGCCAACAAGAUUCGAGUAGACUUUGUAAAUGAUCAAGAAAAUCUUACUCCAUUGCAGGCUUCAGUUUUGGAUGUUAUAUCUGAAACCAAAGUUAAUUUUAGCACAGUUGAAACAUCGGUAGAUAUUCUUCUUUUACUUGUGGCGGAUAUCCUGAAAAUGCCGUAUGUGUCUAUGUCUUUGGGACUGAAUGCGCCAUCGACAAAUCUUUCAGGAACUACUCCUAAUACAAAUGUAUUGCUUUCACCGGUUAUGAGCACAACGGUAUCUCAUGCAGGCGCAACAAACAUUUCAUUGAAAUUUUUCACGUUUGUAGCGUUGACUAAACGCACCAUGCAACUCUUGGUUUUAAAUUUUCAGACGCAUGGCUUGACCCGCCGUAGUAUAUAUCAAUCUGGUGCGUUUGAGAUGUGUCUCGAUGGUUUGCACAUUCCGAUGCAACUCAAGUAUGCUUGUCCUAGUCCAGGAGUUAAAGAUUCUACACCAAUUUGGAGGUGUGCGGCUACUGCUGCCAUGACUAUUAUUGGUAUCGGUAUGCAGGCGUUGAAUCAAUAUUCUAAAGAUUUGGAUGCCAUCAAACUAGACACUAUUUACAAUGCUGUCUGGUCAUUAUUAGGAGACUUUUUGCUUCAAUCAAGCUCGCCAUCUGCUUCAGUAUCAUCCGAUGAAUUGUCUGCAGACGAGGCUUUUGAUGUAUCUAUCAUUACCACAGUGGAGCAAGAUAUUCUACAGCAUCUUUCGCAGCCACAUGUUUCUGACUCACAUAUUCUACGACUGCUGGAGAUAUUGAAAAGGGGAUCGCGGUUGUACGUAUACCCCGCAACCACCUUUUCAGGUAUUAAUAUGAGCAUGUCGCCAUUAGCUUUACCCGAGUCUGCUACCAACGAUGUCUCGAUAGUUUUGGAUACUCCUCUUGGUGAGGAUAAAGACGCCAAUACUAUAGAUACAGAUGAAAAACGAAUGCGCAUUGCUGAGUUAGCUGUGCCAUAUCUGAUUGAUACCUGCAAGGAGGUGAUUCAGUCCUAUUGCAAAGACCGUCCACUGUAUGGACAACUUCCAUUACCGAGAUUACGUACUACAGAGCUUAAAUUUGUAUUGGAAAGUAUUGGUAAUCUUCAAAUGUCGCCUCGAAUCCUGCACAAGUAUUACGAGAUUGACGAAUUAGAUGUUGUCAAGUGGAAACUUCUUAGUGGAGAGUCUGCGCAUAUAUUUAUGCUGUAUGACCAGCUUUGCGAUAUUCUAGGAGUUGUUUCUGGAAUUUCGUUUGGAAUGCCGAGUAGUCAAGCUGCUGGUAACCACAUUUUGACAGAAUCCGCAUUAAUAGAUAUCAUCAAACGCUGUUUGAAACGUAUCAGUCAAGAAUUCUUGGCAGUUCCUAGAAUUGCAACGUAA